CCGAUCGCAUCCCCCCUGCUAAUAUCAUCCCCUCCCCACGUUGAUCCCUCUCGUGCCUGGCUUCGCUUGUUCCUGUGCCUGAUUUCCUGCUGAGCGUUUCACUCGGCCCACUGAGUCGGUCGAUCACUUAUUUUAAAUCUCUCUUCCUUCCUUCCUCUUCCUUCCUCAGAGUUGGCAAUCCUCAUUCCAAAUUCAUUUCGCUCGCUUCAUUGCCCACACACCCCGCUAUUGCUUCCUUUGAGUGACGCCAUGGUAGACUCUCCGGAGAAAAUCUCCAUCACUAUCUGUGGAGAUGGUGGAUGCGGCAAAUCGUCUAUCACCUUGCGACUGGUGCGCAGCCAGUGGAUUCAUGAGUACGAUCCUACAAUCGAAGAUUCAUACUCCGUCACGCGCGUGGUUGACGGGGUGCCGUACUUUCUGUCCAUCACCGAUACAGCCGGCCAGGAGGAAUACCGCGGACUAUGGACGGCUUCCAACCUGAAAUCCGACGCUUUUCUGCUCGUCUACGAUAUCACCAACCAAUCUAGUUUGCACGCCCUAGAUUACUUUAUGGACCUGAUCGAGAUCGAGACCGAACAGCGAGCCGAACAGAGUCACCGCCUGCGACAGGAACUGGGAGACAGCGCGGCAGGCUUGCAGGUGGGCAUGUCGCCGCCCAUCAAGAUUGUAGCCGGUAACAAGUGUGACCUCAAGGAGAGUCGAGUGAUCGGGGCACCUCAAGGCUUGGAGUAUGCCCGCAAACAUGGGUGCGGUUUUAUGGAGACCAGUGCACGCGAGAUGGUCAACAUCGAGGAGACAUUUGCUUGUAAGUUUCCAUCCCGCCCAAUCUAGCAGCUCAAGAUCUAACUAACAAUUGGUUAGUGUUGGUCCGCCGAGUGGUCGAAGCGCGUCGAUCCUUCUAUCAAUCAACCGCUCUGGCCUCUGAUCCGGUACAUAGCAACGCCCUGGUUCCAGGAUUGAACUCC